UUCUUCCCAGAGCAACACGAGCCGCACAAAGGUUUGGUAGGACCGUAGGACUCGAGGAGAGAGAGUGGGGUGGGGAGCUGCCAUGGCGACGGCGGCCGGCGGCGAGAGCAUGAUGACGAGGGAGCAGCUGCUCCACCUCUUCUCCCGCUUCUCCUUCCUCACCGCGCUCCCAGAGUUCAAGGACCGAAUCGCCGACGCCGUCAGCGAAAAGCAGGAAGCUGUGGCAGUGACCACCGAGGUACAGGAGGAGAUUCUUCGCGAGAUGGGGAUCGAUCCAAGUUUUGGUAUUGCUUGCCUGGGAAAGGUGAACGUCGUGUAUGAGAAUGACAUGGACUUGAUGAUUAAGUUCUACCAAUUUGUUGCCAAAGAAGAGAUGGCUAUUGAUGAGGCCGAGCUUGAGCCUCUAGAAUUUGCCGAGAAAAUGCACACUCAACAGGAAUUACAACAACAGCAACUGGAGAUGUUAGUACAAAUUAGAAAAUACAGUCCCGAGAGCCAAUCUGACAUACUUGAGACUUUGCGCAAGCAGUUGGAGCAUGCUGAUUUCGAUCCUAGUGCAUCGGUCUUGACUCCGGAGCAGAUCAAAGGAAUUGUUCAGAAAUAGAUCACAUAUUUUAAGGGCUUGUUCGGUCAGGCAGGGUUUGGAGAGGUUUAAAGGGAUUUAUCCCUUUGGUUAGAGAAUUAACCGAACAUGGCCUAAGAGAUAAGGGAUUUACAUCCCAUCCAGUCUCUUCUCCCUCUACUAUAGCUGAUGGUUGUAAUCUGCCCUAUACACGAAGCAAAUAACUGUCAUCCGGUUUUACUUUAUGUAAUAUGCGCUUUGUUCAGCGAAAAGGCUACAUGUGUUCUACUAAAUAUUAUCAGCAUUUUGAAUUGUGCCCAAGCAUGAUAUGAACUUUCCUAUAUUUGAAUAUGAGAAUAUAUUUAAUGUA